AGGAGAAAAAAACGACACAACCGAGGCUGGCGAUCGUUAAACAACGUGGAAACGGAACGACUUCGUCGAGCGAGGAAACAAUGUCCUGGAGAACGGACGUUACCGGCGGUUUAGCUCUGCCUAUUCUGGCAUUGAUUCACGACGUCGAGGAACCGCUCGACGUCCCGUUGACUGAUCGUGAAAAGAGAUGCCUGGCCGUGCCUAUUGGUGAUCUACACGAUAAAAAACGGAAAUUACUAAAAACUCGUAGCACGCCAUCACGAUCUGGAAUGGAGAGACAAACGACAUCUCUAAAAAUAAAAAUGCACGAGUCGCCGAGGUUAAUCCCACAGAAAAUGGAGAUUCCCGAGCGACAAAUUAAUACAUCCAUAAAUAAUUCCACCGCGAAUUUGCAGGUAAAAUCUGCACUCACACCACCUCCAAAGGAAACUCUUCAACAUGUGCAAUCUAUGUCUACAGAACCACACUUUCAAACCAAUAAAGAGAAAGAAUGUUGGCAUCUUUAUAAGAAAAUGUGCGACAAAGGCGUUUGCGUUUCUUUUGAUACGGUUUUAAGGUUUGAAUGGGUAUGCUUACACCAACGGAAUAUCGAUUAAGACAGAAAAAAGUUUCACAAAAUUUGUAACAGCAUCAUCGAUGGCAAGAUUCUUUUUUUAUAAACUGUUGUAGUACUUUUGUAUGAAAUCGCCUAACUAUUUAUUAUUUUUAUCUAAAACAUGGAUCUAAGAAAAGUAGCAUUGAUACACGUUAAAACAAGACGAUCAAAAUCGUAUAGCGAUCUGACCUCGUAGUUGAUAAUAUACUGUAUUUUUAGAGUUUAGAUACGAAUCGAACAAAGUGUAAUUAAAUUACAUCUUGUAAAUUUACGAGAGAUAUUCACCUAUCUAACAAAUAAAAUGUUUGAAUUGGUUCUGUUGAAUCUUAGAUGUAUAUGCAUAUCAACUGCCUAUUUUUUAGAGUAUUUAUUGGUAUAUAUAAAUACACAACAGUGUUUCAGGAAAUAAAUUAAGAUGACAAAAAGAGAUUUAUGAAGCGAAGUUAACGAUUACAAAUAUAGUAAAAAGUCACGUCACUGCUAUUGAUUAUUAUAGGAAUUAAAAUACAUAAGAACUCACAAACUCAAAACAAAGUUGAUUAUUUUGUAUAAUAUUUAUAACUUGUUUCUUUGUAUGAAAAUGUAUAGCUCAAUAAAAUGUAUAGAUAAAUUA